AUGAGAUUGCCAGAAGAGCAGAAAUGGUCUCUUGGAACCUGUAUUAAGCAAGUUGGUCCUCGUUCGUACGAAGUGCGUUGCGGUGAAAGAACCUACACACGAAAUCGGCGUCAUAUUAGGAAAACCGCCGAAAAGUUUCGAGAUUCGGGGAGAUCCUCGGAUAGUGCAAAGUGCCAGACAUUUUGUAAGCCAAUCGUCUCUACUAGUAAUUCGAUGACUGGCCCGGAAGACCCAGUAUUAUUAAGGAGAUCAACCAGAGACAGAAAACCACCGGACAG